AAGCUUGAUUCUAUCACUUUAUUUUUAAAGUUUUUUUAAUAAAACAUAAGUGCAUCAUGAUAAUUUUAUUGUAGAAUAAUCAGAAUCAUUGAAAAGAAUUCUUGAAAUCUUUUAUUUCAUUAUACAUCUUUAUAUAUAAAAUGUUUCGCGAUUGUCGUGCUUGUGUACAUAUUUUUGGGAGUGACAUAACCUCGAAUGAUUGUUUACCUGUUUACGCAUAUUUCUAAAUAAACUUUAUUAGUUAUUCAAUAAAGGUACAUGUUAACUAAUUUAAAUAUAAUUUUAUAAACAACAUUUUAAAAUAAAUGCAUUUGUUAUUGAUAUUGUGUGUUAAGCAGAAUGAGUGCAAUUCACAAUGUGUGGAAAGAGAAGAGCCCUUCUGCAUGUUAUACGUUCUUACAAAUUUAUUGUAAAUAAUACAUCAAACAUUGAAGAUCGAAAAAUACCUUGAAGCAAAGUCUUUGAAGCAUGCCAAUUUGGACUAACUACUUUAGAUAUUUUCGUCGACGGACAAUACUUGUGAUUAUUUGUCUCUUAUUGUUUAUGUACUUUUUAAUCAGUUUAUUGCUUUAUGAGAAAAAAGGACUAGCACUUGGAAAUGAUUUCGAUGAUAUGGAUAAUAUGAAUUUUGGGGAAAAUAGCAAUGACAUUUUCAACGAUGAAGAUGGAUUGGAAGAGGUGGCUAGACCCUCUGACAGACCGUUGUUGUGGCAAAUGGAGGUGAUGAAUGAUAUUGGGAAUGCCAUUUCUGCAGAGAUUCCCUUUGUAGAUAGCGUUAAUGAUAAUGAUACUUUUGUAAAAAGUUGUCGUAACUCAGUUCAAGGCAAGUUUCUAAUUGUUGAUGAACAGGGUUACUUGUGUACUACAUACAAUGUACUUCCUAAUGGCUGUUGUAAUCCUCAUGAAUUAGAAAAAACUGCGAUGUUAUCAAACUCAGUGCCUUUGAUAGAAAAAAUCAGGUAUCCUUGCACAUCAUGUAAUCCCCAAGGGUGCUGUGAAAUAUAUGAAUACUGCGUUUCUUGCUGCCUUGAUCCUAACAAGGUAAUCUUUAUUCAAUCAAACAUAACAAUUUCAAAUAAAUAUUUAAAUAUUUAGACUAAUUACAAACUUAUUUAAAAAUUUUAAAACUACACCACAUUUCAUUUACUUAUAUCGAUAUUGUUGCCCUGAAACGGUACGGUUAGUCAAAAGAUGCCACAAUUUACGUCACAUUCUGAGCAUGAAGACUAAACUAUGUAUUUUACAUUUUUAAGUGAAAAACCAUUAGUUGAAAUCACAAUAGGGCAGUAAUAAACAACUGUUGAAUACUUACAGUACUAAUACUAAUGUUAUACAUUUUUCAGGUCAAAAAAAA